AAGAGCAGUUUCCGGGGCUCGGUUCCUGCCGCCUUGCGGGCGAAAAAGCGCGGAAGUGAGUGGGUGACGAGGGGCGGAGCAAGGGACGCUGGGGGCGUGUUCGCGCGGCUUUGGGAAGGCCCCAAGUUAAUGAGGCGUGCGCCGGCAGCCGAGCGCCUUGCCGAGCUGGGCUUUUCCCCGCGGUGCGGGCGCCAGGAGCCGCCUUUUCCGCUGGGUGUCACUCGGGGGUGGGGAGGAUGGCCCAUUCAAAAGCGCCGCGAGGGGGCCCGGCCAGUGCCCUUCACUGAGCGCUCGCAAGAGCACGGCAGAGGCCAGGCAGCUCGUACCUCCGGGACCUGGUGGCACAUCAGGACGCGGCUGCAGCUCUGCCGGGACCCCGAGCCGCCGCCACUCUGCCUCCUGCGUGUCAGCCUCCUCUGCGCGCUCCGGGCCGGCGGCCGUGGGAGCCGCUGGGAAGAGGACGGCGCGCGGCUGCUGCUGCUGCCCCCGGCCCGGGCGGCUGGAAGCGGAGAGGCCGAGCCGAUCGGCGGGCCCCCUUAUGCCGGGAGGAUGCUGGAGAGCAGCGGCUGCAAGGCGCUAAAGGAAGGCGUGCUGGAGAAGCGCAGCGACGGGCUGCUGCAGCUCUGGAAGAAAAAGUGCUGCAUCCUCACUGAAGAGGGGUUGUUGCUCAUCCCGCCCAAGCAGCUACAACACCAGCAACAGCAGCAGCAACAGCCCGGGCCAGGGACACCCGAGCCGUCCCAACCCAGCUGCCCAGCUGUCGCUGGCCUUGAGCCACCGGUCAAGCUCAAGGAAUUGCACUUUUCCAACAUGAAGACUGUGGACUGCGUGGAGCGCAAGGGCAAGUAUAUGUACUUCACUGUGGUGAUGGCAGAGGGCAAGGAGAUCGACUUUCGGUGUCCUCAGGACCAGGGCUGGAACGCGGAGAUCACUCUGCAGAUGGUGCAAUACAAGAACCGUCAGGCCAUCCUGGCGGUCAAGUCCACGCGACAGAAGCAGCAGCACCUGGUCCAGCAGCAGCCCCCACAGCCGCAGAUCCAGCCCCAGCCCCAGCCCCAGCCCCAGCCCCAGCCCCAGCCUCAGCCUCAGCUCCAGCCCCAGCCACAGGCUCAGCCCCAGCCCAAACCUCAGCCUCAGCAGCUCCACGCGUACUCGCAUCCUCACUCGCACCCGCACCCACACCAGCACCAGCAUCCGCACCCAUUACCACACCCGCACCAACCACCGCACUCGCAGCCGCUCUCCCAGCCGCACGGCCACCGGCUUCUCCGCAGCACCUCCAACUCUGCCUGAAGGGGGCAGCGCUCCGGCAGGACAAGGUAGGUUUUGAGGACUUGAGGAAGUCGGACGAACUCAGUUCUAUUGUCUUCACUUGGAUCAAAAACAAAAUAGUCUCCCGCCCCGCACCAGAUCAAGUAGUUUGAACAUCACCUGACUGAUAACUUUCGUUUCCUUAGUUUUCUGCAUAUUCAUCGGCACCGUGCAGGAAGCGAUUCUAAGUCGAGAAGACUUUACUUAUGAACCUUUGAAAGGAUCUUAUAACAUAGUGGACCUUCUAGGAGCGAUGAUGUACUGUAAUUUUAUUUUAUUCUAAUGUAUUUUGGUUUAUGAUUAUUUAUUAGUUUUUUAAUAUUUGUUCUAAGACAUUUCUGAAUGUAGGCCAUUUUCCAAAAAAGAAACUUUAUUUUAAAAAACCUACUCCGUAGUAAGUUCUAAUCUUGGGAAAGAAAAAUGGGCGGUGGAGGGGAAAACAUUAAGAAUUCAUUCAGUAUUCCUAGGGCAUUUUCAGAAGGUCUGACACUUUCAUUGUUAUGCCAGGUGGUUAAAAUUAAAAUCUGACACUAUUUUUUUUCUCUGAGGUUUCUUCCUUAAAUAUCUACUGUGUACAAAAGUUUUUAAAACUAAAAGCUCAAAAUUGUGUAAUUAUGACAUAUAAUGCCCAAGAUAACGCUUUUCUAAAAGAAAACCAGUAGUAAUGAUUCCUGCUUUCAAAAUAUUUAAGAUACAACCCUAUUGAGAGGAAGAUGAUCAUGUCUUGAAUACGUGGUAGAACUGGGUCUGUUGUAGGAGCUUCUGUCUUCUGUGUGUGAAGGUUUAAUAAGAAUCCUUUUGGAGCUGGAUGUAUAGCUUAGUGUGAGAGUGCCAGGCUCUGAGUGUAACCCCUACCACCAAGGGGAAAAAAAAGGAAUGAAAAGGAAAGAAAAAAGUCCUUUUGAUUGUGACUUAUGAAAAUGAAUACAUUAGAUGUUUUAGUUCACAAUUGUAGUGGGGAGAAAGAGAAUAAUUCUACUUGUUUGAGAGUAUUUGUGCCCCUUUGCAGACUAGAAUAUCCUCCACCAAGAGUUUUGCACACUUGACUUGAACCAUAUUUUCUGACCUGUUUACUUAGGGUUUAAAAUACAGUUUGUAAAUAUAUCAAUGGACUAGGAGUCAUAAUUUUUUUUAUUUCCACAGAGAAAAUAAUGUUUAUCUUCAAAACUAGCUGUUUUUCUCUAUUCUGUGAGAAAUUUGAGGAAAGUAUGUUUCCUUAGAUUAGCUAGACUCAGAGAUCAAAAAAGGAAGGACUGGAUAAACAAGGGAUUUUCAGUAAGAAAACAACUCCAGCCUUGUUUUAGCAGUAAGUUGUUCAGGAGUCUAAGGGGUAGUCUGGGAAAGGAUGUGCUUCUAAAGGUAGAACAAACCCUCUUCUGUGUGAAAUCAAAAGGAUGUAAGAAUCCUCAAGGCAGAUGCUACUUCAUUUUAAAAGAUCCAUAGAUGAUCCCAAAUUCUCCUGGGGCUGAAAAUCACUUCCUUUCUGCAUGGCUUUACUAAUGGUUCUCUGGUUUUCAUUGUCUUUCACAGAGUCUUGGUCAGUAUUUUUCCAGCGUUCAAACUGAAAUGGUCAAGCCAGGUGUGGUGGUGCAAUACAGGACUCCGGGAGGUUGAGGCAGGAGGAGGGAAAAUUUGAACUUAGCCUGGGCAACUUAGGGAGACCCUGUCUCAAAAUAAAAAGAAGAACAGGACUGGUGAUGUAGCCAGGGUGAAGGCCCUGCGUUCAAUCCACAGCCCAAGAUGUGGGAGUGAGGUGGGGCGGAGAAGACUGGUCAGCAUUAGACUGCUGCUGAGGUGUGCAGUUCAUCUAGAAAAAAAUUUCAAUGAAAUUUCAAUGAUGAAAUUUUGAGAGCAUAUUUCUUAUCCAAAAAGUUGUGGGGAAAAUUAAAACUUCAGCAAAUGGCAGACGAAACUGGAGUCCUACUUUUAGGGGCUGCUCAGGCUGCAGCUGUGAAAACUUGCUGCCAGGAUUUAAAGAUAUAAUAUGUAUAUAUGACAGCUCAGUGAGCCAGAUUGAAAGAUGGCUGAAGUCCAGUUUGAUUUGGCUUCCUGAGAACUGCUACUGUGUUUUUUAAGGAAUGCCUCAUAGUAUUGUAGUUUUAAUACAUGCAGGUUAUAAUAAUCCAAAUUAAUCUACAGCUCUUUCUAAUUAGAGAAUCUUUCUUCUGAACUCUUGUUACAAAAGAUAAAAUCCAUACCAAAUACUAUGAAAAUUAAGAAUAAUGUAGGUUUGUAAAAAUGUAUUUGUAUGUUUUUAUCUUAUAUAUAUAGCAUAAGAUAAUCUCAUUGUUGAAAAAAUAUGCCCUGGUUCUGUCUUGGUUGCUUGAAGCUUAUUUGUUUGUUUGUUUUUGUUUUUUAACCACAAUAGCCAUGAUUCUUAAUGGGCUGCCAGAAUCAUGGUUUCUUGUUCCUUUUUCUUGUCCCUAAUGCUGUAACAUUUACAUUGAAUUGACCCUCUUAAUGUCUCUCUGGUUUGAACCUGACUUAGUGUUUAUCUGUGAAAUUUUAGAAAUUAGAAAAGGUAGGAUGGCUUUUUUGUUUCAAUAACUGAAAUUAUUAUGGCUUAAUAAUUUUUUCCAGAGCAAAAAACCAAGCAUGUUCAACAAAACUAAAUACAAAUGCACAUCAUUUAAUAUCUCAGUAACACCUGUCCUACCUAUAAGAAAAUGAUACAAACCCUAAGGUACUACGAGGCCUGACAAGGCAGCUUUAUAGAAAAAGAUAAAAAUACUUUAAACCCAAGAACAAGAGUAAAAAUGUGGGUGUAAUAGACAGCCCACCCCUUAAACAAACAUAAAAGUAAAAGUUGAAAAACUGAAGAAAUGUCCCAUCUGGAAACUGAACUUUAGUCCUUGAACUUGUAUUGGCACCCAGCCUCCUGCACAGUUGGCUCAGGAACUAUUUGUUGGGAGAAAUGACUGAAAGAAGGAAAAAAAUGUGUGCUUUUCAGCAGCCAGGAGGUCGUUUCUCUUGUCUCACUGAGUGCUUCCCUUUACUUGCUCUCAUGUUCCUGAGAACAGCUAGUCCUGUGACAGGAUCAGCAUCAUGAAGCUCCUUAAGUGUACUUUCUUAGCAGAAAUCCAUUAAGAUCUAUCUCCUCAUGCCCUGCUAGGAGUAUUGAGGUCACAGAGUAAAUGUCUAUAAGGAGCCCUUUCAAUUAAUGUUUUCCCCAUUGAGCAAGCUGAGAUUCUCUAUUCAUGUAUGAAUCAAGCCAAAUUUAUCAUUUCACUUCACAUAUUUUUCCAAUGAUGAUUUCAAAAAGGAGAAAACAAAACCCCCUAUAUAUUGCUUAAAGGAGUUGCCCUACACGUAAACACUGCAGGAAGUCUGGUUUCAAUUGAAAGGCCUGUUUUAACUCUUUUUGCUCUCAUGUACCAAGCACUACAGAGUGCUAUCAGAUUUAAAAUCUGAUAGUGAACACGUUUACCAGUAUAUGUGUUCAAAUUCCUCACUUACUUUCUGUCUCUGGGCUAGUGAUGUGAUUUAGUUAGGGUGUGGAUGUUGACAUGUUCAGUAGUAGGCAUAGAAGAAGGGCCUAAGACUUCAGUGAACAUGGAGCAAUUCCACAAAACAGCUCUAUGGGAUAGGAUAGGCCUGUGAGCAUUUGCUUUUUUAUAUUUUUGUAAGUGCAAAACUCUUUGGCUUUUGCUUUACCAAUAAAUACCUUCAGCAUAUUAUGUUUUAAAUUUGGACGUUAUAGAUAUUGAUAUCGAGUUCAUCUGUGAUUCUUCCAAGAGAAAUAUACCUAUGUACUUAAGAUCUCUUAAUUGUAGAAAUGUGUUGGAUAAGUUUUUAGGAACUAUUUUCUAAAUUCUUGACAUGAAGAGUGACUUUUUGAUCUGCAGUGUUUGAGUAGCCAGUCCAGAUUUAUAAAAGAUUGGGUCAUAAAGUGAUCUGUCAGGUAGAGUACAGACCCCAACAGAGCUUUCUUAGAAAGGUUAUUCUUGAGGUUGGGGGCAUAGCUCAGGAGUACAGCACUUGCUUAGCAUAUGCCAGGUGGUGGGUUUGAUCCCCAGCACUGCAGAAACAAAACAAGGGCAUUCUUGCCCAAUUAAAGAAGAUUUCCUGGACAUGAGAAGCAUCUAUGUAAAAGUUGACCUACUGUCCAGUGCUCUGAAAUUGGCCUGUUGGUGAUUGGCUGGAAAAUGGAAAGCAGGUUUUUAAAGAAAGAUAAAAUUAUUCUGUUACAUUCCAUGGUCAGCCUUCUACUUCAAGUUUCAGAAUAUGCAACCACCAGCUUCUGGAAAGCAAGUGCCACUAUGUACCAAAUGCUUUACCAACCACAACAUUUGUGAACUUAAUAGUGUGGUCAGAAUUUGUGUAAAUAUGUCUCUUAAAUGAUUUUGCAAAGAUGUGAUUUAUUUUUCAUAUUUUCAAAAUGCAUUCCAUUUCAAAUAAAGUAUCUAUUGAGACAAUUGA